UCCACAUUUUUUAAUAAACACAUAUAGUACGGAGUACCUGUCAAAAAAAAAAAAAUAAACACAUAUAGUAUGAAGGAAAAGAAAGCAGUUUUGCUAGUACCUUGGAUUAAGGUGUUUUAGAUUAGUCAUCCUAUUGAAUAGAUUCCUUCUUCGACCAAACUACUUCCACCCUUUAGACUCGCAACCUCUUUUACUCUUACUUUUGUUGCUACUUUGGUAGUUUCACUCUUCAUUUUUCUUCCUACAAUUUUUUUUUUAUUUCUAUUUUUUAUGGUAGAAAAUUUUGUUUUAAUAAACAAAAUCCUACAUAUUCCCUAAAAAAGAAACACCUUAGAUAUCUUGUCUUUUCUCAUGUAAUUUCGCUCUUUCUCUCUUUUGGCUCUGUCUUCAUUCUUUCUCUUUUUUUAUUGUUCACUUAUCGGUGUUGUUCACUUAUGGCAUGCAUUAGAAUUGGCUCUAAAUCUGACUCUUUGCGUCGUGAAGGUCAAGCCUGGUUUUGUUCAUCUGGUCUCGCUAGUGAUGUUGUCAUUGAAAUUGGGGAAUCAUCAUUUCAAUUACACAAGUUUCCAUUAAUCUCAAGAAGCGGUCUACUUGAGAAACGUAUAGAAGAGUUCACAAGUACUGAAGAUGGAUCAAACUGCAUUGUAAAACUAGAUGACAUACCUGGUGGAUCUACGACAUUUGAACUUGUUACCAGAUUUUGUUAUGGAAUGAAGCUUGAGAUCAACCCAUCAAACGUAGUCUCUCUACGAUGUGCAUCAGAAUUCCUUGAAAUGACAGAAGAUUAUGGAGAGGGAAAUCUCAUUUCCCAAACUGAGGCCUUUUUUAGUGAAGUUUUCAGUAGUUGGGCAGACUCGAUGCAAGCUCUCGAGACAUGUGAAGACGUUCUGCAACAAGCAGAGGACGCUCAUGUUGUUUCUAGGUGCAUAAACUCCUUGGCAUUGAAAGCAUGUUCGGACCCGAGUUUAUAUGGUUGGCCAGUUUCUGGACAAAAUAAGAACACUAAAGAGAAGUCAGUAUGGAAUGGGAUUUCUUCUGUGAACAAAACAGAUAUAAAUAUUGCUGAUGAUUGGUGGUAUGCAGAUGUCUCCUCUCUUAGUUUGUCCCUUUAUAGGAGGCUUAUCAAAGCUGUUGAAGCAAGAGGGAUGAAACCGGAAAGAGUUUCAGGCUCGAUAAUGUUUUAUGCAAACAAAAAUAUUCAUCUAUUGAGUAACCAACCAACAAGCCAUGAUUUAAAGGAUUCUAACAAUCAAGGAUCACAAAACUCAACCUCUCCAUCUGAGGCUAAUCAGACUAAUCUUCUUGAAGAACUUGUAAAUCUUCUUCCAACACCGAAAGGUGUAACACCAACCAAGUUUUUGCUGAAGCUAUUGAAAACGGCUAUGAACUUGCAAUGUAACCUUCCUUGCUUGGAAAAUCUAGAAAAACGAGUAGGAUCACAAUUAGACCAAGCUGCAUUGAUAGAUUUGCUUAUUCCAAACACGGGCUAUGCAUCGGAGACAUUGUAUGAUAUUGAUUGUGUUCAGAGAAUUGUUGAUCACUUUAUGCAAAUGCAUUUAGGUGUGUCCAGUACAUCUUCUCCUACAGUAGCAGAAGACAGUGGGCAGUUGGUAAACCCAUCUCAGUCUAUUGCUUCUAUGUCUUUGGUUGCUGAACUUGUUGAUUCCUACCUUGCUGAGGUUGCACCUGAUGUCAAUGUCAAGCCCCCUAAAUUCCAAUCUCUUGCUGCUGUCAUCCCUGAUUAUGCAAGGCCUACAUAUGACGGCUUCUAUCAUGCUAUUGAUAUAUAUCUCAAGGCACAUCCAUGGUUGACAGAGUCUGAGAGAGAACAAAUUUGUAGGUUGAUGAAUUGUCAGAAGCUUUCACUAGAAGCAAGCACUCAUGCAGCACAAAAUGAAAGGUUGCCACUUCGAAUGGUAGUUCAAGUCCUUUUCUUUGAGCAACUACGCCUUCGAACUCAAAUCUCUGGAUGGUUUUUCUUAUCUGAUAAUCUCGAUAGCUCGCAAAUUCGAGAUCAAGAUUGCAUUGUGGAGCAGGAUAGAUCUUUGGUGGUCGCCGGUAACGUAAGGGAACGUGUGUCUGAGCUCGAAAAGGAGUAUCAAACUAUGAGGCAAGAGAUACAAAAGCUUACUAAAACCAAAAGAAGAUGGACUAUAUUCUCAAAAAUGUUUGCAAGACCAAAAGCACGAGCUCAUGCUCAGUUAAUCCAACAAAAGUCUGGUCACACAAAACUGCAACAAGGAUCUUUCCUUAAAAAGAAAGAUCUAGAAAACAAAAAGUUCACUGAAAUGGAUACUACAAAUCAGAACUAG